CACCAUCAAUCACCACCACACCGUCCCGUGACCAGCCGACGCUUCAUCCAGCGCUUCAUCCACUCCCUCACCUACCGGCCUACUUACUUACUCACUCACCUCUGUUCAUCUCCCUCUCGAGCCCUCUCAACUUCUUCCUCCUUUCCACACUUUACAAAUGCACCCCUCUCUGCGUCCACCACCUCACCUCGCUAGCCGCCGCCGCCGCCAGUGUCGCCCCUCUGCUGUCACCGCCGAGCGUCCGUGAACGGCGGCAACACCACCAUGGAUUGCGACAUCUGCCAUCGCGGCCACGACCCCCAGCGCCUGCCCUUUCUCUGCGCCGUGGACGCCCGCAACCAAGUGUAUGACGCUCGCCUCAAGAACCUUCAUCUUCUCAUCGAGAACGACAAGCUACAGGCCCAGAUCGCCAAGGCUAGCGGUGACGAUACCCCGGCCACCACCGCGCAGCUCGCGCUUGCGCGCCAGCGCCUCGCCGAGGACCGGACAGACCAGAUCCUCGCUGCCGCGGACAAGCUGCGCGCCGAGAUCCAGGCCGCGCGGGAUGACAUCAAGGCGCGCCGGGCUGCCCUCGCGCGUCGCCGGUCCGACCUCUCAUCUGUCUCGACAGGACUGGUAGACCGCAGGGCCAGACAGCAGCACGAGGUCGAGAAGUCCCUGCAAAUGCUGCGCUUUCGCUGGUCUCAGAGUGCCGAGGACAUGGCUCAGACACGGGCUUUCCUGUGCACCGAGGCUCUGCGCUUGUAUGGACUGAAACGGACCAGGAAGAGCAACACUUCGCGCUACGAUUAUCAGAUAGGCAAAGUGCCAAUCGUCGACCUCACCAGCAUGGACUCCCUGACUCCUGAAAUCAUCUCAACAUCCCUUGCUCACGUAGCACACAUUGUCAUGCUCGUCUCUCACUAUCUCGCCAUCCGACUACCCGCGGAAAUCACCCUACCUCAUCGUGAUUAUCCCCGGCCGACCAUCUUCAACCUCCCCGGCUCGUACCAACAUGGGCCUUUUGCGUUUCCCUCAGCCUCGUCCUCCAUGACGCCCAUGCCCUCCUCGGCGCAGAUCCGGGAUCCCGAAUCUCACCACGUGCCACGCCCACGGCCGCUUUUCGUUGACAAACCCCUGCCACAGCUAUCAAAGGAGGACCCUACCACGUACUCCUUCUUCCUGGAGGGCGUAACCCUGCUGGCGUAUAAUAUCGCUUGGUUGUGCAGCUGCCAGGGCGUGUCAAUAGGCGACAAAGGCUCUUUCGAGGAUAUGUGCCACAUGGGCAGGAACCUGUACAACUUCGUCCUCGCGUCACAGCUGCAGGGCUACGUACAACCCGCAGAACCAACAAACAAAGGCUCGAAUGCUGAUAAUAACAACGGUGUCGAGUCCCGCUCGAACUGGAUCGGCCGGUACUCGCAUGGCACCUCCUACUACUACCUCGGCGGCAUGGAGGGAACCGACUUUGUCCGUACUUUCAAGCUCCCGAGCCCCAUGAAGCUCGCCGACAAGCUGAAGAAGAAGCUUCUCGGCGACACACCAGGCGCCGACUGGGAGGUGCUGGACGACGAUGCCUGGAAGCCCGAAGACGGCCGGACGGACCAGUCAGGGGCGAAGGCUCUGUCGGGGGCUCUUGCCGACAAAGGGGGGCUUGAUGGUACGGGUGCUACGCGCUCUGGGACGAACGGGUGGACGAAGGUGAAACAUAGGACCUGAGCAGUCUGAUGGAUCCGCCCGCUCCGUUCGUCACUUGUUGGUAGUAGCUCAUGUUUUAGCUGUGUUCCCGGCGUGGUCGCACUCACAGCACAUGGACUUUGAGCAACAUAGCGAAUAAUUGGAGAAUCUCC